AUGUCCAUCAAAGAAAUAUCAAUGCUCUCUAUAGAUAAAAUUGAUGAGUCGAUUGAGUCUAAUAUAUAUUUUGAAAUCGAGGCUAUUGUUAACCAUUAUACUGAGACGAAUGGUGCUAUUCGAUAUCUACUCAAAUGGAAGGGUUUUAGCGAAGAAGAAAAUAGUUGGGUUGAUGAGGAAGACAUACUUUAUUGGUCAAAGAAGAACAAUGUUAAACGUAAGAGAUACCUUCCUAAAAAAGGCGUUAUUAAGACUAAUAGAGAUCGUAGAUCAUCUCGCAAAGCGAAAAAUAAUUUUGAUAAUCAAGAAUCUGAUUCAAGCACCAUUCAAGAAAUUCAAGAAGCCGACGUCUCGAAUGAUAAGGAUACCACCGGGAAUAGUGAUAAUAUUAAUGGAAGCGGUGAAAGUUACGUUUCAAAACUAUUACAAAGUGAUAAUGAAGUAAACGAAAGAACAUACCAUUAUUUUGCUUUUGAUAAUUGGGAAAACUAUGCAACUAUUUUGAAUGUUGUACGUAAUGAUAGCAGAAUUUUUGUUCAUAUACAAUGGCCUGAUGGAACAGAAAAUCAUGUUAUCUCAAGCGAAGUAUACCAAAGAUGUCCAUUAAAGGUGUGA